UGUACUCUCAUCCCGAUCCCCUUCUUCCUCCUCGAACCCUACCUUCUCUGAACUCCCAAAUCCCUCCUGUGCCACUAUGAACUAGAGUAAUUCGAGUUGAGGGACAUAACACAGCGCGCCCUCGUCCUACUCCUGGUGCGUCACUGGCUUCUCGCUGGCGGCGCUCAACAACGCGCUCCUCGUGGGCGUGCCGCUGCUGGACGCCAUGUACGGCAAGUGGGCGGGCGACAUCAUCGUGCAGCUCUCGGUCCUGCAGGUCGUCGUGUGGUUCCCGCUGAUGCUCAUCGUCUUCGAGGCGAGGCAGGCCUGGCUGGAUGUGACCUCGGAGCCGGCUGAUGCUGAUCAAGGCGCGCGCGAAGAAGGCGAUCUGUCGGCGCCGGCUGGAGGCGCGCGAGAAGACGGCAGCCAGGCGGCGUUGGGGAGCGAUUUCGAAUGGCCGGCACAAGGUGAAAGCGGCCGUAAGACGGCGGCGAUAGGGUGCGCGUUCUGGGCGCCGCUGCUGCGAGCGGUCGGGGUGAAGCUCGCCCGCAACCCCAACGUGUACGCCAGCCUCCUAGGGGUCGCGUGGUCUUCCGUGGCAAACAGGUGGCACCUGAAGAUGCCAAGCAUCAUAGAUGGCUCGAUCGCGAUCAUGUCAAAGACCGGCAUUGGAAUGGGAAUGUUCAGCAUGGGCAUGUUCAUAGGACUACAAGACAAGUUUAUCGUGUGUGGACUAGGCUGGUCCAUGUUGAGCUUGGUGUUGAGGUUCAUUGCGGCUCCAGCCGCCACCUUAGCUGGAGCCCUAAUUUUAGGACUCCGAGGUGACCUUCUACGUGUUACUAUCUUACAGGCUGCAUUGCCACAGUCUAUAGGAUCAUUUGUCUUCUCGCGAGAAUACGACUUGCAUUCUGGCGUACUUAGUACCGCGUAA